AUGUCAGCCGCAGCACGACAGCGUCUCCAAGCUUUAAGCAAACAGCUCGUGGAGGGCAUUCCUGACGAGGGUACCUUUGAGGGGAUUCCUCGGAUUCGCCAUAUUGCUUCAGAUUCAGCUGGUCCUCGAACAAAGGACAAAGUAGUAAUCGUGACUGGUGCCAACUCUCCGAAUGGUAUUGGUCGGGCUAGUGCACACCAGUUUGCCAAUAAUGGUGCCAAAGCAGUGUAUAUUUGUGACUACAGCGACACGCACCUCGCAAUCCACAAGCGGGAAAUGGAAUCUCUCUAUCCAGGAGUAGACGUGCAUACAAAACAAUUCGAUGCAGCCGAUGAAAAGGCCGUAGUAGCCGUCAUCGACGAGGCGAUUGCCAAAUACGGUCGCUUAGAUAUCUUUUUCGCCAAUGCCGGGAUAGUGGGACAACCGAAGAUGUUUACAGAUAUUGAUGCCGAUGGCUUUAUGAAAACCAUGAAAACAAAUGCUCUUGGUGUUUUCCUGGCAGCCAAGCACGCGGCCCCGGCAAUGAAGGUUACCUCGCAAUCCAAGCCAUAUCCAAGCGGUUCGAUUAUCUGCACUGCCUCGGUUGCUGGGCUGCGUUCCAACGCCGGUUCGACCGAUUACUCUGCUUCUAAGGCUGCAGUCGUCUCUAUCGCACAGACAACCUCGUACCAGCUUGCUGGUACAGGUAUUCGGAUUAACGCCAUUUGUCCCGGUCUGAUCGAGACGGGCAUGACGCAAUCGGUCUUUGACCAUGCACGGAAACGUGGCACAGAGCGCAAGAUUGGCCAGUUGAACCCCAUGCAGCGUGGUGCGGUUGCUGAUGAGGUUGCACGUGUGGCGCUGUUCCUGGGUAGCGAUGAGAGCAGCUACGUGAAUGGGCAGGCAUGGGCUGUGUGUGGUGGAUUGAGUGCUGGACACCCCGUUGUCCCUGGAAAGCUAGCAUAA